AUCUACCAUUCGGUUUCGCAACUAGACUUAGAAUAGUCAAUAAUCAUUCAGAUUCAAAAUUUUACUGUUCUCUACCGAAAUCACGGUCAAUGCAAACUCAAACAUUUCGUGCGAUAGUUAUUGUGCUGGUGAUUGGAUUAAUAAACAAUCAUCAAACAAAUUCAGCGAAUGUAUUGGCCUUUAUUACGGACCAUAGUGCAUCCCAUUGCAUUAUAAUGGACGCGUUGAUGGCAGCUUUAGCAGAACGGAAUCAUAAUGUUACCAUGGUCUCACUAUGUUCGAUAAAGGGCAAUAAUAAGAAAGAAACACCCAACUAUCUACAGUUGCAAUUAACGGAAAAGAAUCUUUAUCUCCGAGACUUUCGUAACGAAGUGAAGAAUAAGAUAAAAAAUUCACAAAAACAAUCCACUCGAUUCUCCGAUGCACUCAAAGGAAUCGAAAUAAAUGUACAAUCAGCGCAUGAUGCAUUAGAAGAUCCUAUUACCAGAAGUCUAUUGGACAGUGGCCAGCAAUUCGAUCUGUUCAUAUUGGGAUGGUCAUUUAAUGAUUUUCUACUUGGUCUUGCAGCCCAUUUUAAAUGCCCUUCAAUAGUACUCCAUACUGUCGCAACGACAAAAACGAUAAGAGAUUUUGUGGCCAGUCCUGCAGCCUUUCAAAGUAAUUAUGCAUCAGGAAUCGUUCAUGGACAAACGGAAAUUACGUAUUGGAAACGGAUUUUGUUCUUCUGCGAACAUGUCAUAGAGUUUGUCAUGGUUCACUUCUACGAUCACUUUUCCCUUCGGCCGUAUUACAAUCGCCACUUCCCGGCAACAAAAGGCUAUCCAUCAUUCGGUGAUGUGAAGAAAAAUGUUUCGUUGGUGUUUGUCGGUCAUCACUUUUCGCAGGGUGGUAUAAGACCUUCAGUGCCUAAUUUAGUUGAAAUUGGCGGAAUUCAAAUUAAAAGCAAAUCGGAUCCAUUGCCACAAAAUAUUGAAGAAUUUUUUACCGAUACGAACGACCACGGAGUCAUUCUAUUCAGCUUGGGAACGAAUAUUAACAGUGCAGACUUCUCACCAGAAAAACUGACAUCUAUUCUCAACGUUUUUUCAUCGAUUGAUCAAAAAGUGAUCUGGAAAUGGGACGGUGAUGAGAUACCACUAAACACACCGAAAAAUGUGUUGAUGGAGGAAUGGAUACCACAAGCCGACAUAUUGGCUCAUCCAAACAUUCGAUUAUUCGUAUCUCAUUGCGGUCUGGGUAGUGUAACCGAAGCAAUGUAUCACGCUGUUCCAAUUUUGGGCAUACCAUUCAUAUACGAUCAACAUAUCAAUGCCGUAAAAAUCGCUGAAGAAGGAUGGGCCAUCCAUUUACCAUACGACAACAUAACCACCGAAUCAUUUUCUUCAGCUGUACAGGAAAUGCUGACAAAUCAAACGUACGCGUUAAGAGUAAAACAUUUAUCGACAUUGUAUAAGGAUCGACCGCAAACGGCUUUAGAAACGGCCGUUUACUGGACAGAAUAUGUGAUACGACAUCGCGGAGCUGCACACAUGCAGUUUCCGCUAGUUCACAUGAAUUUCGUUCAACAAAAUUCGUUGGAUGUGUUGUUGUUUUACGUGGCUGCAGUGUUUUUGUUGUACAAAAUUUGUAAAAAGUUGCUGCAAAAACGAUCACUUUGGAUCAUUUUCGUUGCAUUUUUCAACAUCGACACAGUUUUCGAUUGGGCGGAUAUAGAUAUUUCGAUGUAUUAAGGCCAGGUUAUGCCCGCUAACAUUCGUGCGACGUAUACGACCAUAAUCUUG